AUGAUCCGUGAAUUGACCAAGUUGGUGGGGAGUGACCCGGUGGAGUUCGACCACAGGGAGUAUGUUACUGAAGUGCCGGAGAAUACCACCCACGACCUGCUGCUGCGUCUGACUGCCCGGGUCCAGGUCCAAGCAGGUGACGGCGGUGGACGGGACGCUGGACAGUACGGCCGUCUCACCUACAGCGUAACGGGUGACGGUAUCUAUAACAACAGGUCGCGCUCCUGUUUCGCUGUCGACCCCGUCAAUGGCACCGUCCACGUGUUAAGGCCACUGGACAGGGACCCCCCACACGGACGGGCUCAGUGGCUCCUGAGGGUGACGGCGACGGACGGGCAGCUGGAGGCGCACACCGACGUACGCGUCAACCUGAAGGACGUCAACGACAACGCCCCUUACUUCCCCGCCCACACCACCACCGCCUCCAUCUCCGAGGACACACCCAAAGGAGCCUCCGUGGUGCAGGUGGUGGCCAGGGACCACGACGACCCCCAGGAGGCAGACAACGCCAGGGUGACGUACUCACUGGAGAAGAACGCUGUUGACGAGUCGUCCGGCAGCGCCAUCUUCAGUAUAAACAAUCAGCUGGGCCUCAUCACCACGGCGCUCUGCUGCCUUGACCGUGAGAAGACCCAGAGGUACACCAUCCAGGUGGUGGCUACUGACGGAGGUGGCCUCAAGGGUACAGGGACGGUGGUGGUGGAGGUGCAGGACGUGAACGACGUGCCGCCGAGGUUCUCACGCUCCGAGUGGACGCUGAACGUGUCCGAGAGCCUCACCCCCGACCACGUCCUGGCCACCCUCACCGUCGUCGACCAAGACGUGGCCAACAACUUCUCCUACAGGGUCAGUACCGCCCCCACACCCACUCCUACAGGGUCAGUACCUCCUCCACACCCACUCCUACAGGGUCAGUACCUCCCCCACACCCACUCCUACAGGGUCAGUACCUCCCCCACACCCACUCCUGAAGGGUGGUGCCCGGCAGUGGUGAUGGGUGGAAUGUUCGAAGUGGAGGACCGUGGUGGUGGUGGAGCCCCGGGAGGAGAACUGAGGGCGGUGGAGCCUCUAGACUACGAGGAUCCUCAACACAGACAAGAGUUCCGCUUCCAGGUGCAAGUCACGGAUAUGGGAGAGGAAGGAUGGAGUGUGGUGGGCCACGUAGCGGAGACGUGGGUGACGCUGCGUGUGGUGGAUGUGAACGACAACGACCCAGUGUUUAGUGAGGACCUGACCCACCUCACCCUGCCGGAGGACACGCCCCGCGGCACCCUCCUCACCACCUUCACCGCCCUUGACCCUGACCACGGAGGACAGAGUCGGGUGCAGUACAAGAUAGCGGAGGACAGUGACCCCGGGCGGCAGUUUGGGGUGGACGGGUCAGGGGCGGUGUGGCUGGUGGGCGGCCUCGACCGGGAGAGAGCGGACGCCCAUCGUGUGCUGGUGUGGGCGGUGGACGAUGGCGUGCCGCCCAGGACCGCUACAGCCACCCUUAACGUGAAGGUGACGGACGUGAACGACAACCCACCGUUCCUGGCGGAGCCGCGGCAGGUGGAGGUGAGGGAGAACAGCGGGGCGCAGGUGGUGGCCCGGGUGACGCUGGGGGACCCUGACGACUGGCGCCAGGGUCACGGGCCACCCUUUACCCUAACCCUUGACCCCAGGGCGCCCCACCACGUCACCAGCACCUUCACCGUCACCCACGACAGGAAAGGGGACGAGGGGCGCGGGGUGGGCGUGGUGUGGGCGCGGGCGGGGCUGGACCGGGAGGAGCGCCGCGCCCUGCUGGUGCCGCUGGUGGUGGGCGACGCUGGGUGGCCGCCCCUCUCCGCCACCGUCACCCUCACCGUCCACGUCGCCGACCUUAACGACAACCCCAUGACUCCCGCCGCCAAGACUGUCACUGUCCACACCCUCCAGCACCAGGGGGUGGUGGUGCCCCUGGGGAAGGUGUACGUGAGGGACCCGGAUGACUGGGACUCAGUAGACAAGAUCUACGCCUGGCGACACCGCCGCCAGCCUGGCUUCCUCCUCCACACCUCCACCGGCGACCUGACCAUGACCCCUGACACACCUGAUGGCCGGUAUGAGCUGAGGUUCAAGGUGAGUGACCUGAGCCAAGGUCAAAUGGACGUGGAGGCCAACGUGACAGUCCAGGUCAACUCCUUCGACCCCCGUGACGUCAUCGCCGCCACACCCUUAACCUUAGCAGCUGACAGCCACCAGGUCGUGAGGCAGGAAGGAGAGGCCGGAACAUCCAUACUCACUCGACUGGUGGCGGCUGUAAGGAUGUGGGUAGAUGGAGGUGGUGAGGGCGUGCGGUUGGUGUCGGUAGAACCAUUGGAAGGACACACCACGCCCACCACCCGGGUCUGGCUCACAUCAUCCGGGAUUCUCAACUUCGAUCAUCUUUUAAUGCAUAGGAAGUACGAGCUGAGUCAAGCCACCGGUGUUGAUAUCAGAGACGUGGGCGUGAUUACCUGUCAACGAGGUGCUCAAAAGGCCAAUCACACCGCCCACAAUUCCGCCCACACUGGAGGACAAGAGUUAAGGAGGUGUAUCAGUGGGUGUUGGGCGGCCUUGGGUGAGGGGUUCAGUGUGGUGGACGCCCACACCUCGGCCGUAGUGGGUCCCCGGGUGGAGGUCCUCACCACCUGUGGCUGUGGCAACACCGCACCUGCCCACCACACCAUCUGCACCCCCUACACCUGCCUCAAUGGCGGCAGGUGUGUGCCCACCUCCACGGGCACCAGGUGUAUAUGUCCCCACAACACCUGGGGUUCCCGCUGUAAGGUGGUCAUCAGACACUUCGAGGGUGGUGGGGGCGGGUGGGCGUGGGUGCCGCCCAUCCCGUCCUGUACCGAGGUCCACCUGAGUAUGGAGGUGCUCACCAGGUCUGGGGCGGCCACCCUGCUGUACUCGGGGUCAGACCAGGGGGCGGCGGGGGCUGUUAGUGACCUGCUGCUGCUGGAGCUGCGUCAGGGCCGCCCCUCCCUCCUGCUGGACCUGGGGGGCGGCCCCGUCACCCUCGUCCUCAACGCCUCUUACUCCCUCGCUGACAACACCUGGCACAGGAUCGACCUCAUCUGGAAGGACCAGACAGUGCAGCUGAUCGUGGACUUGUGUACGGGCGGCAGCCUAGACGAGGCCGCCACUCCGCCCUCCAGCCCCGCCCACAACCACUCUGCUCUGCCCUGCAAGAGUGCCGCCAGGUUGCCCCAAGUAGCGGGGAUCCUUAACACAAGUGGGCCGCUGCAAAUAGGUGGGCUGGCCCACCCGUCCCUACCCCACACCCUCCACGACGGCCCGUCGUCCCCCCGCCCACCUCCCUUCCGAGGAUGUAUCAAGAACCUGAGAGUGAACGGCCAGCUGGUGGACCUGGGUAGUGAGGUACUGAGCCGCGCCAGCUCUCCCGGGUGUGUCGCUGCUGACUGUCUCUCCAGCGGCCUCUACUGUGGCCUUCACGGCAGGUGUCAAGGUUCACCUGGAUCGCUGCGGUGUGAGUGCCAGCUCGGGUGGUCAGGGCCAGGGUGUGCCACACCCACUACGCCCACCACCUUCCUGCUCAACAGCUACGUCAAGUUGGCUCUCUCCUUCACCCCCCUCGGCUACACUACCUCCAUCUCCCUCAGGUUCAGGACGUGGAGGAGGAGAGGGCAGCUGGUGGCGUUGGCGUCACAACAUGGGCGUGACAGCUGGUCAGUAGAGGUGAUGGGCGGCCGCCUGUGUGUGGUGCUGCACCUCCACCCUCGACCCCAGACCUCCCUCUGUCUCUCCCGGGCCUCCCUCACCGACGGCCGCUGGCACUCCCUCACUGCUGCAAGGUACGGGUCGGCGACCUUUCUGACGGUGGAUGACGGGGACGGUGACCUGUACAACGCCUCCGUCGUGCUGGAGGGACGUCAGCUGCUGGAGGUGGACAAACAAGAGGGCGUCCACAUAGGAGGGUCGCCAGAGUUCCUGGACGUGAGCGUCUUUAAGAUCCAGAACGACUACUUUGAUGGAUGCAUGGACGACCUGCGGAUCUCAGGUCGUGGAGUGCCGCUGCCGCCUGCGGUCAACAGCACAGCGUGGGGUCAGGCGAGCGUGUUGAAGGACGUGGAGCAGGGGUGUGGCGCCCCUCCUGCCUGUGCCAACGUGUCCUGCAGGACCCCGCUCACUUGCGUCGACACCUGGAGGUCCUACCACUGCGGGUGUGGUGAGGGACGUGUGUUGACCAGCAGCCAGACCUCCUGUGACGACGAGGACGAGUGUGUGUGGCAGCCCUGUCUCAACGGUGGUUCCUGCUUCAACACCCAGCCAGGUUACGUGUGUGUGUGUCCGGCGGGGUUCAGUGGAAGACACUGUCACCUGCCACACGUGGAGGAGACAUCCCUCAAGCUGCCUCUUGGGAUUCUGGUCACCAUUGUUGUGUGGUGCAUCUUCCUGCUGCUGUUGAUCUGCGCCUUCCUGCUGCACCAGCACCACCGACGGUCCGCGCUACGCAGGGGCGCCCCCAACGACAAGGACGACACAGUCACCUGUAAAGAACAAGUAUCGCCGCCCUGCAGCCACACGCCCAACCUGCUGGAGCUGCAGCUGCUGAAGCCCCCGAGAGCCAACGGCCAGCCAGCCUGGACCAAGAACCCCAACAUUGCAGACGUGGACGUCCUACAGAUAGAAAUGUCCUCACCAGCCGCUAGCAAGGACGACACGACCCACCAGUUCCAGCAGGAGGGUGAUGGCGCCUCAGGUGAACCAGCGGCGCCACACCAGAGAGACAGACGCCAGGCUCCUGCGGCCACGGGAGGAGGAGCUGCUGACGUGGAGAGGAGACCGAGCAGGACCUGUCUUGGCAACCCUCCAGCCGGCGACGACCUGAGAAACUACGCUUAUGAAGGUGAAGGUUCUUCCCCAGGAUCACUGUCCUCAUGUCUGGAGAGUUGUAGCGGCAGCGCCAAGUUCUUAGUUGGCUUCCGUGAGGUGGCGCAUAUGGUGGAGUCCUGACACGUCAUUGGUUCCUGCUCUAACCAACCAGAGGACACAUCAGAAUCAGGCGCGAUAGUUACGACCAAUCACAGAGAAGGUUCAUCUAUAGCGACGAUCAUCCAGACUCCCAUUGGAGGAGAGAGGGAGAACACGACCUCUACUCUAGUCUCCGGUACUCUCUCACACCAGUCAACGAUGAUAUAACACUUCUACGAGUACCAACAUCCUCUAGACGCCCGAAAACUGCCAAGACAACAAGGACGCCGCCCUCUACCUCUCUAUGUGGAUUACUGACGACACCUCACCCACACACAAGGCUAUAUAGGGUACCCGUGUGCCUUUUGUUAGACCAGUUUAUGGGGGGAAGAUUAUGAAAAGUGAAUUAUUGUGGAUUACGAAUAUUAAGUCAUUUGUGAAUUCUCCUGCGGAUAACAGCUACGCCGUUUGUUAUGGAGAAUUGAUUUAUACUUCUUUAAUAUAAUGAGUUUAUUAAAGACAUUACUUUAUUUUGGUUUAUUCUCUUUCUUUCUUUCUUUCACCUUAACACAUUCAUACUCUCUCUCUCUCUCUCUCUCUCUCUCUCUCUAACACAAUUACAUACCAACCACACUCUCUCUCGUACUGUCACACACACACACACACACACACACACACACACACACACACACACACACACACACCCCUCUCUCCAUCUUGAUAUAUAACUUACAGAACCUAAGAUACAUACAUACAUACAUACAUACAUACAUACAUACACACAUACGUACAUACAUACAUACAUACAUACUUAAGACGUGACGACCAAGAGAUGAGGUUUGUGGUGCUGAGGUUAAUCUAAUACACUUGUGAAACUCUGCUGAGUCUAAGUGUGACAUACUGAGUCUUACCGCUAAAGGAACUUGUAUGUCAGAUAAGAUACAGAUAUUGAACAAUUUACACAAGGUGAACAAUUUUGAAGCAUAAAGUUAUCGUUAAUGAACAAAAAUAACUUAGAUACUUAAAGGACAUGAAUAGUAAUGAACAUGAAAGCUAUAAAAAAUGAACAAUGUUGACUAAUAAAAUAACAAGUGGUGAACAAUAUCAACUCAGAAACGUUAAAAUGAACAAAACUGAAACAUAAACUAACAGAAAAUGAACAAAUACCAUCGUUGACUUUACACCUGCACAUUAUUAACAGGUGACUACCAGGUGUAAACACUAAUGACUCAAAACUCCAAAGGUAGAUUUUCCAUUUUUCUAAAAUUAUUAACAAAAUAAAUUCGUGAUGUUGACA